AUGUCUCCCGCUGCCCUGCAACGGCCCGCUCCCCGUCACCAUGGGAACCGCCCGCUCCCCGUCACUAUGGGAACCGCCCCGCCCCUCACCGUCACCAUGGGAACCGCUCGCUCCCCGUCACUAUGGGAGCCGCCCCGCCCCCUCACCGUCACCAUAGGAACCGCCCCAACGCCAUCAGCAGAGUACGCAGGCGCAGGCUCGGGGAAGCAUUCUGCGCCUGCGCAAUUGGAACAGCAGGAGGAACAGCAGUGGACUAUUGGAAGUGAGUCAAAUGAUCUGCCCCAUGGACAAAGCUCUCCUUGGAUUCCAGGUGCAGAUUAUAUCACACAAUGUGACUUCAAUGACAAUUCAAGACCAUUUUGUAACUGGGUUCAACCCUGUUUGGAGGACAGUGGAGAGUGGAUAAGAACCAAACAUGGCACCCCAACCCUGGGAACAGGCCCUGAGGAGGACUAUCCUAGUGGAGAUCUAGGUGGAUAUUUCAUUUACCAGGAAGCCAGCAACUUUGUACCAUCGGACUUCAUUAGACUGGAGAGUCAGAAUAUUUCUGUCAGUGGUGAAAUAUGCAUUGAUUUCUGGUACCACAUGCUGGGAACAGAGAACGUGAACAAGCUGAAGGUGUUAGUUAAAGAAGAUACAAGUGAGAAAAUGGUGUGGAGUAAAAGUGGGAACCAGGGCUCCACUUGGCUGUACGCAUCUGUUACAGUACCCUUUCCAACAGAAUCAAGAAUAAAGGUCAUAUUUGAGGCGAUCCGUGGGUUGACUGAAUAUGGCGACACAGCAAUUGAUAAUAUCGCAGUCAGAAGAGGAGCUUGUGACUCUGGCAUCAAUACUACAACGCCAAUCACACCCACUGCCACCAGUACAGUGUCUCCUGUGACAGACUCUCUCUGCGUGGUGCAUGGUGAUCCUCAUUACAAAACCUUUGACAAGCAAGCCCAUAACUUCAUGGGAACGUGUACAUACACCUUAUCAAAACUGUGUGAUGCCAACAGCACUCUGCCCUACUUCAAUGUUGAAGCUGCCAAUGAGCACAGACGUGGUAAUUCCCGUGUAUCAUAUGUCAGGCACGUCAACAUUGAUGUCUACAAUCACAGAAUAACACUGGAGAAGAAGCAUGUUGUCAAGGUUGAUGGGAAAAUUGAGGUGCUUCCUAUCUCAAUCGGGUCCGGUGUCAGUCUUGGGCUGAGCGGACAAUAUGUCAUCGUUACAACUGACUUUGGUUUGAAAGUAAAGUUUGACGGAAAUCAUCGAGUAGAAGUAGCUCUUACCAGUGUUUUCAAGGAAAAGGUGUGCGGCAUGUGUGGGAACUAUAAUGGUAACAAAAGGGAUGAUUUCCUCAAUCCAGAUGGAAUAAUGGAGUCCAAUUCUGUCAACCUGGGUAACAGCUGGCAGGUCUACAAUGAUACCUGGUGUACUCCUGAUGUUGGCUACAAACCAAAUUGUACUGAGGAAGAAAACAACAUCAUAGAAAGCAACAAUUAUUGUGGAAUCAUCACAAAUUCACGUGGUCCCUUCAAGAAAUGCCACUCGGUGUUGGAUCCCAGUGAUUACUUUACCAGCUGUGUGUACGACAUGUGUGCGAUUGACAUGGACACAGAAUCUCUAUGCAGUAGUUUGCAGUCUUAUGCUGAUGCUUGUCAGUCCCAUGGAGUGAGAGUGGAACCGUGGAGAAAUGAAACCUUCUGCCCUUUAAAAUGUGGAGCAAAUAGUCACUAUGAGCAAUGUGGAUCAGCCUGUCCGGCAACAUGCGUGAAUCCGCACGCUCCAUCCACCUGCCCCCUGCCCUGUGUGGAAGGCUGUGUGUGCAACAGUGGGUAUCUUUUAUACAAUGACAGGUGCGUGCCAAACAGACAGUGUGGCUGCUGGGAAGGUGGGACACACCACCCUGUGGGCUCUGAGUUCUGGACAGAUGAUACGUGUUCAACUAAGUGUCGAUGUCCUUCGUCUGGAAGCAAAAUAGUGUGCGAGGAUUCAACCUGUGCAAAGGACUCUUAUUGCGGGGUUGUAAAUGGAGUUCCCGGUUGCUACCCACAAACCUACGGCAUCUGUAGAAUCCACAAUGACCCGCAUUACAACACGUUUGACAAACAGACCCAUCACUUCAUGGGAACCUGCACCUACACUAUCGCCAAGCUGUGCACAAAUUCCUCCUCCCUGCCACACUUCAACAUUGAGGCAAAGAAUGAAAAUCGGGGGAAUGUGAAAAUCUCGUACGUGCAGAAAGUGUACAUUGAUGUUUACGGGCACCGAGUCACGAUCGUCAAAGGCCAGCAGAACCGCGUUUUGGUGGAUGAUAUGUGGACAUCCUUGCCUGUGACCCUAAUUAAUGGGACAGUGACUGCGAGCUGGAGAGGAAGACGCGUUGUUCUAGAGACAGAUUUCGGGCUCACUGUUUCCUAUGAUACUGAUCACUCGGUGGAAGUGAAAGUGCCCAGUGCAUAUUUCAACAGGACAUGUGGCAUGUGCGGUAACUAUAAUGGUCUAAGACAGGAUGAUUACAUGAAACCUGAUGGAGAACAAGCACAAAAUACCAAUGAGAUGGGCAAUAGCUGGAAGGUGCCAGAUGAUGACGAUCCAAAUUGCAAAGACCCAGUUGAUCCUGAAUCAUGUCCACCCGAUGAAGAAAAUCUGUACCAAAGUGACAGCUUUUGUGGUCUGAUGACGAAUCAGCAGGGACCAUUUGUCAAGUGUCAUUCUGUAAUCAAUCCCCAAGGUCUCUUUGAAAGCUGUGUUGUUGAGCUUUGCUUAUUGGAAGGAAGCCAAGCAGCUCUGUGCAAUGCUCUGGAAGUCUAUGCAGAUGCCUGUCAGAGUGUAGGAGUGACCAUUCCUCCAUGGAGAAACUCAACUUUCUGCCCUAUACAGUGCCCAACCAACAGCCACUAUAACGUAUGUGCCAAUGCAUGUGCCGCUACCUGCACUGACCGCCUCGCUUCCCAUAAUUGCAGCCAGCCCUGCAUGGCGUCCUGUGAGUGCAAUGAGGGGUUUGUUCUCAGUGGCAGUACUUGCGUGUCCGUUGACGACUGCGGCUGUUUCUACAAUGACAAAUAUUAUCAGAAAGAAGAAACAUUCUGGAUGGAUGAUUGUCUGGAGAGGUGCAGGUGCAUUGGAAACGACCAGGUGAAAUGCAAACCUGCAACCUGUGAAUCAGACGAAGUAUGUAAGAUUCAAGAUGGAAUUCUGGGCUGUUACUCAGGAGGCAGUGCAACCUGUCACAUCUACGGCGAUCCCGUUGAUGGUAUGAAAGUAGAUCUUCCUGUAAGUUACAAAAAACCACAGAUAAGCAUCUCUGUGGCUGGAUCAUUUGUCGUGGUACAUACCAACAUUGGUCUUGAGUUGAAAUUCAGUGGAGGCCAUGAACUGAUGGUGAUUGUCAAUGAGCGAUACAAAGGAGAGUUGUGUGGCUUGUGUGGUACCUACACUGAGAACCAACUUGAUGACUUUUUGAAGCCUGAUGGAAUUCUGGCCUCAGAUUCCAAUCAAUUUGGAAACAGCUGGAUAGUUCAGGAUGUGGACUGGCCAUGCAACCAAACAGCUCCAGUUCCACCGCCAUGUGAACCAUCGUUGCAAGAGGAGGCUGACCAAUAUUGCAAAAUUUUUUUUGAUGAUCCUUUCAAAGAUUGCAACUGGUACAUUCCUCCUCAGCUGUACUUUGAGAGCUGUACCUAUGAUUAUUGUAACACAGGAGGAGAUUCGGAACAGCUAUGCAAUGCUCUGGCAUCCUAUGCUUCAGUUUGUGAGGCAGCUGGAGUUGAUCUGGGAGAUUGGAGGGAACAGACUGGAUGUGUGGAAGAAAGCUGCCCAUUGAAUUGCAACUUUGACACUGACCUAUGUUCCUGGAGUCAAAGCACCACAGACCGAAUGGACUGGACACGGAUCAGUGGUGAAACCCCAUCAGGCAACACUGGACCUUCUUAUGACCACACCACUGGAGGUGGUCACUACAUCUACAUAGAGGGAAAUGACGGUGUCCUGGGAGACACUGCUCAAUUGGUCAGCGUUCCGUGUCCAUCCAGAGGACCUCAUUGCUUGCGAUUCUGGUAUCACAUGUUUGGAGCUGCUCACGAAAUGGAAUUGCGGGUCUACCUGGCUGAAGGUGGAUCAACAAUACUAAAAUGGUCCGAGACAGGAAAUAAGGGCAACAAAUGGAGAUCGGGAGAGGUGGACUUGUACUUUUCAGGAAACUCAAAGAUCAUUGUAGAAGCAAUGCGGGGCAGAGAAUAUCGCAGUGACGUUGCUGUGGACGACAUCUCUUUCCGCUCGGGACUCUGUGCAGGAACAUCAACACCAACAAUGCCAUCAUCUACAAGCAGGACAACAACACCGUCUGUAACCCCCCCACUGCCAGGAACACCAACACCAACGAUGCCAUCAUCUACAAGCAGGACAACAACACCGCCUGUAACCCCCCCACUGCCAGCUGCUGCAACAUGUAGUGCCUCGGGGGAUCCUCACUACAACACAUUUGACACGAGUGUUCACCAUUUCAUGGGAACAUGCACUUACACGCUGUCCAAGUCGUGCAAUGCAUCCUCAUCACUGCCACACUUUGAUGUAUCAACAAGCAACGAAGCCCGAGGUUCCAACACAAAAGUCUCCUGGGUCAAGUCUGUUCACGUAGACGUCUAUAACCACCAGAUUACACUGAUGAAAAACCAUAGAGUGCUGCUGAACGGGAGACGGGUAAACCUGCCAGUAUCAGUCAAGGAUCUCCUGACCAUCCGGCGCAGUGGGUCGUACGUUUUGGUGGAGACCGACUUCAACCUGUUGGUGAGAUUUGAUGGCACCCACCAUGUUGAUGUGUCAGUACCACAGACAUACGCUGGGCUGCUCUGUGGCUUGUGUGGGAACUACAAUGGAGACUCUGCUGAUGAUAUCAUUAUGCCCAAUGGCAGCUUCGCGGCAAAUUCUAAUGAGCUAGGCGAGAGUUGGCAAGUGCCUGAUAAUAACACAGACUGCAAUCAUGGCGGAGGGGGGCUCGUAUGUGACCCGGAUGAUAAGGAAAAUGCAGAGAAAGAUACAGCUUGUGGAAUGAUCACUGCCUCAACAGGUAUAUUUAAAGAGUGCCAUGCCAAAAUUCCUCCCGAAAACUUCUUUGACAACUGCGUCUAUGACAUCUGUUUGGGUGGAGAACACGACACGACGCUAUGCUUGGCCUUGCAGACGUACGCUGACCUGUGUGCACAAGCUGGAAUCUGCGUAGAGUGGAGGAACAAUACAUUCUGUCCCAUGACCUGCGGCACCAACACUCAUUACGAGGGCUGUGGGACCAGUUGUCCUGCCACCUGUACAGACCAGUCAGCACCCAACCUCUGUCACCUCCCAGCUGCUGAAGGCUGCUUCUGUGACCCUGGAUACGUCCUGAGUGCGGACACAUGUGUCCCCGUCAGCCAAUGUGGCUGUGUCGAUGCAAAUGACCAAUACUAUCCAGUGGGCGAGAGCUGGUUUACACACUUGAACUGCACUGAACACUGCACGUGUUUGGCCAACACCGGAAUUAACUGCACUGGCUGGAUGUGUGGGGCACUGGAGACGUGCGGAAUACAGGACGGAGAAUUGGGCUGUCACCUCACAGGAACACCAACAUCAACACCAACGAUGCCAUCAUCUACAAGCAGGACAACAACACCGCCUGUAACCCCCCCACUGCCAGCUGCUGCAACAUGUAGUGCCUCGGGGGAUCCUCACUACAACACAUUUGACACGAGUGUUCACCAUUUCAUGGGAACAUGCACUUACACGCUGUCCAAGUCGUGCAAUGCAUCCUCAUCACUGCCACACUUUGAUGUAUCAACAAGCAACGAAGCCCGAGGUUCCAACACAAAAGUCUCCUGGGUCAAGUCUGUUCACGUAGACGUCUAUAACCACCAGAUUACACUGAUGAAAAACCAUAGAGUGCUGCUGAACGGGAGACGGGUAAACCUGCCAGUAUCAGUCAAGGAUCUCCUGACCAUCCGGCGCAGUGGGUCGUACGUUUUGGUGGAGACCGACUUCAACCUGUUGGUGAGAUUUGAUGGCACCCACCAUGUUGAUGUGUCAGUACCACAGACAUACGCUGGGCUGCUCUGUGGCUUGUGUGGGAACUACAAUGGAGACUCUGCUGAUGAUAUCAUUAUGCCCAAUGGCAGCUUCGCGGCAAAUUCUAAUGAGCUAGGCGAGAGUUGGCAAGUGCCUGAUAAUAACACAGACUGCAAUCAUGGCGGAGGGGGGCUCGUAUGUGACCCGGAUGAUAAGGAAAAUGCAGAGAAAGAUACAGCUUGUGGAAUGAUCACUGCCUCAACAGGUAUAUUUAAAGAGUGCCAUGGCAAAAUUCCUCCCGAAAACUUCUUUGACAACUGCGUCUAUGACAUCUGUUUGGGUGGAGAACACGACACGACGCUAUGCUUGGCCUUGCAGACGUACGCUGACCUGUGUGCACAAGCUGGAAUCUGCGUAGAGUGGAGGAACAAUACAUUCUGUCCCAUGACCUGCGGCAGCAACACUCAUUACGAGGGCUGUGGGACCAGUUGUCCUGCCACCUGUACAGACCAGUCAGCACCCAACCUCUGUCACCUCCCAGCUGCUGAAGGCUGCUUCUGUGACCCUGGAUACGUCCUGAGUGCGGACACAUGUGUCCCCGUCAGCCAAUGUGGCUGUGUCGAUGCAAAUGACCAAUACUAUCCAGUGGGCGAGAGCUGGUUUACACACUUGAACUGCACUGAACACUGCACGUGUUUGGCCAACACCGGAAUUAACUGCACUGGCUGGAUGUGUGGGGCACUGGAGACGUGCGGAAUACAGGACGGAGAAUUGGGCUGUCACCUCACAGGAACACCAACAUCAACACCAACGAAGCCAUCAUCUACAAGCAGGACAACAACACCGCCUGUAACCCCCCCACUGCCAGGAACACCAACACCAACGAUGCCAUCAUCUACAAGCAGGACAACAACACCGCCUGUAACCCCCCCACUGCCAGGAACACCAACACCAACGAUGCCAUCAUCUACAAGCAGGACAACAACACCGCCUGUAACCCCCCCACUGCCAGGAAGUGGCCCCUGUUAUGUUGUGGGUGAUCCUCACUACCUUACCUUUGAUAAGAUAAUGUACACGUUCUUCGGCACCUGCGCGUACACCCUGGUGAAGGUGUGUGACAACAGCAGUGUGAUCCCCAUCACCAUCACUGGCAAGAACGAGGAGCGUGGGCAGCCUGACGCCACAUUCCUCAAGGAGAUCUAUGUGGAUGUGUACGAUGUCCGUGUCACGCUGCAGAAAAGCAGGAGAGUCUUGUUGAAUGGAGUACGAGUGCGACUACCAAUUCAGCAGCGUUUGAAAGGAAUAACAAUCACAACCAGCGGUAUAUACACAGUGCUUGAGACGGACUUUGGAGCCACUGUGAAGUUUGAUGGAAACCACCAAGUGGAGAUCAAUCUCCCGGAUUCGUACCACUCCAAAGUGUGUGGUAUGUGUGGCAACUUCAAUGGACAAAGCACAGAUGAGCUGCUGAUGCCCAAUGGUGUCAUUGCACACAAUGUAACAGAAUUUGGGAAUAGCUGGAAGUCCGAGGAAGACAGUAACGUAGGCUGUUUGGCAGAUCAAAGAACAGAUUUGAGUCUCUCUUGCCCUGUGGGAGAGAGAGCAGUUAUCGAUGCCCAAUGCAAGGAACUGCUGUCCUCCAAGUACAAAGUUUGUCACCCGCUGGUUAUCCCGGAGCUAUUCAUCAACAACUGCGUGCAUGAUAUGUGCAAAUUUGGUGGCAUGCACUCGACCCUCUGUGAUAACAUUCAGAGUUACGUUGAUGUCUGUAAGCAAGUAGGAGCGGUGAUUUCAUGGAGAAACAGCACUUUCUGCCCUCUGGCUUGUCCCCCAAACAGUGUAUACACGAGCUGCUCCCCAGCCUGCCCGCCCACGUGUGGGAACAUCAAUGUGACUGCCAGCUGCGACAGGCCUUCUGUCUGCGUGGAAGGGUGUGCAUGCGAGCCCGGCUUUGUGCUGAGCGACGACCACUGUGUUCCAGUCAGCGACUGCGGCUGUCGUGAUGGGAACAAUGAUUACCAUAACAUUGACGAGACAUGGCUGACCCAGCACUGCGCCCAAACCUGCAGCUGUAAGAAAGGUGGAAAGGUGGAGUGUAAAGACUAUGGCUGCAAAGCCAAUGAGAUCUGUGAUCUCACUAAAAAGGGACAGUACAACUGCAAACCCAAUGGAUUUGUUAAGUGUGCCCUCUCUGGAGCCCUCUCCAUGCCAUUUGAUGGGCUCGCUCACCAGUUCCAGGGCAAACGUACGUACGUUCUGGCGCAAACCUUUGACAUUUCUGACCGAUUGGAAGAGUUCAAGGUUGAAGUCAAGAAUGUACCAUGGAAGGGAAGCAGUGGCAUCACGUACAAGAAAGAGAUCAUCAUUGAAGUGUAUAACCACACAGUUCAGCUCAAGCAGGGGAGGAAACUUGUGGUGGAUGGUGAACUCGUUAAGUCUUAUGUCCAGUUUCCUGAUGGUCUCCACAUUUACCAGAGAGCAGAGAGACUUUACCUGGAAACCAGCUUCGGUCUGUCUGUGAGCUUUGACGGGGACGAGAAUUCAGACAUCACUGUUCCUGUCACCUACAAGAACAUGGUGGAAGGACUGUGUGGGACCUUUGAUGGGAACAGCAGAAAUGACUUUGUGAAAGCUGAUGGUACAAGAGUGACGAAUGUGAAAGAAUUUGUUGAGAGUUGGGAGGUCGACAGAAAUAGCCCUGUCCCCAGGGAACCUGGAACUGCAAGCAGGCGGAGGCGAGACGUUAUGACAGAUGAAGAGCUAGAAAAUGUUAAACUAGUCACUGGGUCUGAAUUGCAGUGCAGCGAUGGCAACUUGAAGCUUCUAAGCAGCACAGACUACUGUGGAAUCCUUUCUGAUCCUCAAGGCCCAUUCAGCAGCUGCCAUCAAUUCAUCUCACCGUCGCAAUAUCAAAUGAGAUGUUUGUUUGAAAUGUGCGCUGUGUUUAACACCACCGAGAGCUUGUGCCCGAGCCUGGAACAGUACACCCUGCACUGUCAGGAACAAGCUGUGAUCGUGGGAGAUUGGCGGAAAAAGACUUCAUGUGCAAAGACAUGCCCGAAGAACAGCCAGUACAAAGCAUGUACAUCAUCCUGCCCCGCUUCUUGUGCUGAUCUAGCCGCCCCAUCAGAGUGCGACGCUCCCUGUACUGAGGGCUGUGAAUGCCUGCCCGGCUUUGUACUCAGUGACUUCAAGUGUGUACCUUUCAGAGAAUGUGGAUGUGUCCAUCGGGGAAAAUACUAUGAGAUUGGAGACAGAUUCGUCACUGAGGACUGUUCUGAAGAUUGCAGAUGCAUUGACACGGCGGCUGUACAGUGUAGCAAACUACACUGUGAUCUCAGCACAACCUGCACCAAUGCUAACUAUACUCGCGGAUGCUUCCGGGCCGGUCCAUGCCUCAAUAACCCCUGUGCAAAUGGUGGAACCUGUAAGCAGGUGACUGAUGGAGCGAAGGGCUCGCAGAACUUCUUGUGCCAAUGUCCGAUGUCACACAAUGGUCGCUAUUGUGAGGAGGAAAGUUCACAGAAUGAUAAGACCACGUUAAUCACUGCGCUCUCAGUGUCAAUUGGCAUCAUUGGCAUUGUUGCAUUGAUCGCGCUGACCACGUGGACAUCCCUCUACAGGAGAAGGAAAAGUCUCACGAUUGGAGCCGCUGCUCACCUCCACCCGACAGAGCCCAUCUCGGUAACAAACCCAGUUUUCCAAGACUGGGAGCACUGAUCUAAACUCCUCCAGGAAUCAUACGUCUGCUGAUCACUUUUAUCACAUUUUUCUACAGCCACUCUGAACAACCUUUUCUUUUGUGGUUUAAAUAUGCAAAUCUGUAUUUUGGUUAAAUGUCAAUUUUUUUUUUCUUUUCAUGCUUCAUUCUUGACCGAUUGUUUUGUUGUUGUUUUGUUGAUUGUUUCUUUCAAAAUGGUGCUGAAUUUCUUUUGAGAAAUGAAUAAAUGAAGACCCUUCAAUUCUG